UUCCAUAGAGACGGGCAAGCAUAUUUUUUGUUGUUGCCAGAUAGCUAACAAGCUAUACCUCAUAGAAGAAGCUAACCAAUCUAACACCCAAGAUAAGGUACAUCGUGUUUAAACUUCCUUGCUAAGGAUCCAGAAGACUUCCUUGUGUGAUUGAGUGCCACAACACGAACAAACGAUGUCCUUUAGAGACUUACGAAAUUUCACAGAAAUGAUGCGGGCUCUGGGCUAUCCUCGCUUGAUAUCCAUGGAGAACUUCAGGACCCCCAACUUUACCCUGGUGGCAGAAAUUCUCAUUUGGCUUGUGAAAAGAUAUGAACCGCAAAUGGACAUACCGAGUGACGUGGACACGGAGACAGACAGGAUUUUCUUCAUAAAGGCAGUGGCCCAAUUUAUGGCAACAAAGGCUCACAUCAAGGUGAACACAAAGCGUCUGUACCAGGCUGAUGGCUACGCUGUGAAAGAGAUGUUGAAGAUCACCUCAGUGCUGUACAGUGCCAUGAAGACCAAGGAGAUGGCCUCAGGGGACAAAGUGGAGGAGGACAAUAGCAAAUUCAAGUUUGACUUGGGUUCCAAGAUUGCAGACCUGAAGGCAGCGAGACAGCUGGCCUCGGAGAUCACGUCUAAAGGAGCGUCGCUUUACGACCUGCUGGGGAAGGAGGUGGACCUGAGGGAGAUGAGAACUGCUGCCAUCUCCAGACCCUUGGAGAUCAAUGAGACAGAGAAGGCCCUCAGAGCAGCCAUCAAGGAAGUUUUGGAAAGCGUGGAUAAAACCAAAGACAUGCUGAACAACGUGUCCUCAGAUGAGACCAGCCUGGAAUCCAAAAUGGAGAAGAAGAAACAGGAGCUGGAGAGGAAUCAGAAGAGACUCCAGACUCUACAGAGUGUACGGCCAGCAUUCAUGGAUGAGUAUGAAAAGAUUGAGGAGGACCUACAGAAGCAGUACGAGACCUACGUGGAGAAGUUCCGUAACCUGAGCUUCCUGGAGCAGCAGCUGGAGGACUACCAUAGACUGGAGCAGGAUAGGUUUGAGGAGACUGAGAACACCCUUAGGAUGAUGCAGCACAAACUGAGGGAGGAGGAGAGGAGGCUGAUGAGGAGUGGAGGUGACACGCGCUCAGUAACACACACUUCUAAAGACGAGGACUCCGAUAUGGACAUCCCUGAGGACGAGGGUUCAGACAGUGAUAUGGAGGAUCGCAGACCCUCUAAACCCCGUCCCACCAGAAAUGGCCCUAUGACAGGGAGAGGCGGAGCGCGGCUCGUCGGCAACAUGCAGGGUGGAGACAGCGAGGAGACAGAGGACAGCGAAAUAGACGUGGACGAGGAUGAUGAUGACGAUGAGGAAGGUGAGGAAGAGAAUGAGGACCUGGAGGACGACAACGACAGUCUAGAUGUCCCGGCGCCCAAGCCAUCCCGUCUCUCCAGGGGACCCUUGAGGCCCCAGCUAUUAGAGGAGAGCGAUAACGACUUUUAAGCUGACACACACACACAUCCACCCACACUGUAUUACAGCUCGUGAGCACUGAGGACAAACAAAACACUUUAUUCCAUAUAACCUAAUAAUGUAAUCAUAUAAUAAACACUCUGUCCAAUCUGA